CUUUAUUACAGUUAAUCUCCUCGAAUAGCAGAGGGAAAGAGUCGGCGAUAUAAGAAGCGACAUUGAGCUGAAAUUGGUAUUAAAGAAUUGCAACUGUAUCAAGUCGGAGGUCUAUACUAUCAAGGAAUUUAUUACUUUUAGAAAGUAUUAAAAAGUGAUCAGAGUGGAACCAGCAAGCAACCAAUCACAGAAAAGCUCAUUUGCAUAAUUGUGGAGUAACCAGUCACAACUGUUGGAAGCUUGUUGACUUUGAAAACAGCGACCAGUCUGAUUAUUGUCUGUGUUGGGGUUAUCACGAGGGAUGCCACCUACGGCUGAUAAUUCGAUAGUCGGACUUCGUACUCAAGUAUCUCUCACUUCACAAAGUAGCCGAUUGAUUCAUGGGACUAUGAAAGAUAUCUCAGCAAUGUCUGGGGACACAAGCCAUCAUAAUGGCUUCCCGUCUAAUGAAAACUGUUCACAUGAUAGAAAAACUUCAAAAUAUGACUUCUUUUAUAAAGAACCGUGUUUAUAUUCACAUAAAAUUUACUCAAAUGCCGCAAAAGUGUUCAGCAGUUUAAAGCACGAGAGUCGGGAGGAAUUAGAAAACCCUUAUUAUAGGAGACGACAGGAGCAAAAUGGCCCUCAAAAUUCAAAAACUGCAAUAACGGACUUAGAAUUUGAUGAUGACAAUGAAAAAAGACUCACAUUCGAGUUGGCUUUCGAAACACUAAAAUAUCAAAGAGUGUUUGAAGAUUUAUUACAGGAGUGUUCAUUUUUCACGCAUUUUCCUGAGUGUCAGGAAGAUCAGGCGCUUGUAUUUGUUGUUCUUUGGGACUACCAGAGUCGUAAAUUCCAACAACGUACACCAUUCAAGGAUGAGGAACUUAACACCAUUGUGCAAUCUGUGGAAGAGGCAAUCAUUGAAUACAAAACAAAACUAAAUGCAUCGCUCGCUCGACACCGGAUUAAGAUGAUGGCGCCCUCAAUAGAGUUUUUAUUACCAGAUAAAGUUAGAAGUAAAGAGGAAAUUCGCUCAAAGCUGCCAGUAUACGUUUGGGUGAAUCAGCUCAAAACAUCAGUGGAGACAGUAAUAGGGCAAUUCAAAGAUGAUCAUUACACUCUGAUAAAUUGUGAGGAUCAUUUGGAAGGGAAAGCUUUCUACAUAGACCAUCAUUGUACAGACAUGAUUGUGCUCCCAGCAGAGAGUAGAGAGUAUAUUCUAGAGCAUGAUCUGUUACAUUCUGGACAAAUUGUUAUGCAGGACAAGUCAAGCUGUAUAGCACCACAGUCUGUGAAGUUUUUGAUAGGUGAUGAUGAUGAUGUCAUACAUGUAAAUGUGGGGUCAGGGGUCACCACUGCUCAUAUAGCUAGUCUCAUGAACAAUUCAACAGGAAAUAUACUGGCGUUUGGUGCAAUUGAUGGGUCAGCUGUCCAACAUACAAUGGAAAAAUUUGGUGCUAAAAAUAUAAAGGUUCAGACAGAGUCAUUCCUCGAUAUUGAUACAGAAGACAACAAAUACAAGAACGUGAAAGUGGUACUAGUCACAGCGGACUGCAGCAAGUCGGGAAUUGCUAAUCCAAUAGACUUUGUUGUCAACGAAGGAGAAGAUAUGAAGAUAUUGAAGUACCUUUCACUAGGGGAAACUGACGAUACUAAAUUAGGAGAGAUGAUAGCAAAUCACGGCAAACUGCUCAGACAGGCCAUGAAAUUAAGUAAGGUCCAAGCUGUUGUAUACAUGACAAGAUCAGUGAACGAGUCGGAGAACGAGAAUGUUGUCAGUAAAGCUGUGGAGCAGACAAAUAUGAUCCAGCAACGCAAGUUUCCUUACAGAGUUGUUCCCCCUGUUUUACCAUUCACUGGCCAUGAUAUUGAGAAAGGCAUUGGUAUCUGCGGAAAGUUCAUAAAAUUUCAGCCAUCUGAAAGAAACAGUGGAUGCUUUGUGGCAGUAAUAACUAGAGAGCCUGAAGAUGUUAAAGAGGCUAACAAAGAUAUCUUGGAGCGGGCACGUGCCAAAGGUCUACUGGGAGGCAAGAAGAAACCAAAGAAGGUUGCAGAAGUGGAACCAAUUAUAAAUGACAAGGUAGAAGAGGAGGCAGAUGAUGAAAAACUUUUAGAUAAACGUGUCAAACGAGCGGCAAGAAAGUUGCGCCCAACACAGUCAUACCCUGCCGAUUUUGGCUACACCAAACCAUCAGCUACUAGUAUUGUCAAAGCUCAUAUCAACAGUUCACCGAAGAUUGGUCACAGAGCAACCAAAUCUACUGCUGCAAUCGGGGCAAAAUCGAGAGUACCUAAACUUAGACCUCUUACUGAACCAGUAGAAAAGAAAGAGAAACCGCUGAAAAUUUCAGAGCACGUGAAAGUUGUGAAACAUCCCGCUCCAUUCAGUAUUUCAGUGAAGGAUAUGUAGGUAACUUUUACAUGUUUGUUUCUUAUCCUAAAGCUGCCAUAGAUGUUGAGAAUGUGUGAAAGAAUUUUAUUAUUACAUGAAAAUGCGCAUUUAAUGUACUGGUAUAUACCUUGGUUGUCUCAGCCUGCAAGUGUAGACAAUGAAUUUUAUAGUGCUUAAAUGUGUAGAUUUGACAAAAUUUAUGAAUUUACAAGUAGAAAUUUAUGGAUCAUUUGAAUUAUGCUGAGAUAUUUCACAUGUUUUAUUGAUAAUGCCUGUGUAUGCUAUAAUUGAGUUGAUUUAAAAUUGUGCUAUUUCAUUUUUUUUUUUAAUGUAUGUGACGAUUUCAUUUCGCCUUGUAUUGUGUAUAUGUAUAUCUGCAUGCAUGGUAUGUGAAGUGCUUAUGUUUCCAGUGCAUCUUUUUCAUGUGUAUGUGCUAAGCUUAUUUGUACCCUACCCAUUAUGUUAACUUAAAAAAAUGUUCUUUAUUACACAGAAUGUAUUAAGUUGACUGCUUACUAUAAAGACAGUGUAGAAAACAAAGCAGCAUUUUUUUUUACAUUUACAAUCAGGUGUGAUUUGUACUAAAAAAGAGUUGAAAAUUUAGCAUUCUGAUAUUUGAAUAUUCCUGUUAUUUGAAUAUUUUGUCCUGACAAAUAGGUUAUUCAAAUAUCUGAAAUCCACUGCAUUUAUUUUAAACAAGCAAUAAGUAUGGUUAGACAAACGUGUAAAAAGUAGUGAAAUUUUGUUGGAAUGUAAUGUCUUUAGGUCAGUUGAUACUAUUGCGACACAAGCUUAAAUCUGCUCCCUAGGUGAUCUGGUAUUUUGGUAGAAGGCAUGACUCAAAUUUUUUUAUUUCUUAAGCAUGUGGUUAAGAUAGUGAACUCAUGAUUAGGAUUGGCAAUUUCUGUUUUAUUAUGUGUCCUCCUUAUUAGAUUCCAGCAUUCCCCACCUGAUAAAACAAAACAAAACAAACAGGUGUAAUAUAUAUUUGCUGCCAGUAAAAGCCAAAAAAGUAUACAAGAAUACGUAAUUGCACAGAAAUUGCCGAUCUAAUGGGUCUGCUACCUUACAAUAAAACCUGCAGCAACUUGAUACAAUUUUACUGUGUAUUUGAUUCUUUCAUUAAUUAUAAAGUGCAUGUUUCCAUUACUUCUAUUUUUAAUGUUUUCAAAUGAAUUGAAUAAAUUCUUGUUUUAUAUGGUGCUUUAACAUUUCAUUAUUUCUCUGAACAUUGAGUAACAUAAGUAAGUACGAUAACUGAAAAAUUUUGGUCACUAAUUCUGUUUUAUGAGGAAGUUUUCCUUUUCUGUAAUACAAUAUACUUCUAUUAAUUUCAUUUUCAAGAUCCUUUAAUUUUGCUAAAUGUUCUAUGUGACUGUAACAUGUGUUGUUAAAGUUUGUGUUUUGUCCUGUUUUAAGCUCCAAGCAUCCUUGGGCAAAGCAUUACAAAUAAAAACUGGUGGAAGGGGCUGCAACUCUGAUCAUCAUGUCACAUACAGAACCAAAUGUGCCUUGUUACCUCCCUUGUGAUAUGUAAACAUUUUAGAUCUCUUUUUGUAGAAAAAGGAAAAAGAAAAAAUCAAAGAAAAAGGUGGAAUAGGUAAUCUUCGUAUUUUCUUCACCUGUGAUUGGAUUUCACUAUUUUAAGCAUUUAUAGCUUUAGCAGUGAUCGUCCGAGAGCAUGAAUAUAAUUAUGGAUGGAUAUAACAGUCUCGGUAACAGAAACAUAAACUGCAUGUACCUCGCACUGUUAUGUCAAGUUGUUUUCACUUUAUACUGUUACAAGGACAUAGAAGGUCAUUCCAUUAUGUGGCACUAAGAACAAGUUUUGACUCCUGUAUUUAAAAAAAAGCAACAGGAGAUGUAUUCACAAGGAAGAAUAUUUGUUAUCACAAACCUUCAGUUGAUAAUAUAAAUUGCAUGCUUUUUGGCGUUACUGUGUGUGCUUCCGUAACUUUGCCUGUAUAAUUUUUUGUUAUGAGUCCUGACAUCAGAAAGAACGUUAUAAACACCAGCUAUGCUAAAGCCAGUGUUAGGAAUUUGUGACUAUCAAGGAUACAAGGUCAAUGCUUAUCCCUACUGUUUGUUUAUCAAUUUGCAACUGAUAAGUGGACAGUAUGGAUCCAGUUCAGACUGCACAAAUGUUUAGGCUAAUCUGGAUCCAUACUGGUCGCAAAGCCCUAAUGUUCAAUUUGGAAAACGGGGUUUAUAAUAUAUUAAACAUUUGUGUUUGUUAUAUGUGUAUUUUAUGACACAUCCUUAACACUCGAUGAAAUUACAAAAGAUACAUUAUGACAUUCAAUUGUAAACAUUGUUUCGCAGUGAUCUAAACAAAAACAUCCUUUCAUAUUGAUGUAAAUUAAAAUUUCAUUUUGCAUCGAUGUUAACAAAAAUAUUUUUCACACUUAACAAGUAUGUUAACAAAACGUUGCAUUCAUGUAGACAAAGACAUCAUUUUGCUGAGAAGUAAACAUAAACUUCGUAAUAAUAAUUCAUUGCAAGGACAAGUACAUACUCAAUACCAUUUAAAAUGCAUUUUUCUUACAACAUGCAUACUGAUACAUAUAUUCGAGAUUAGAUGGAUAUAACAAUUUGAGGAUGAAUUGAGGACUCGCCUUUGUUACAGUGUAAAAGUGGACAGAUAGACUACUGAUCUUGUUAUUUAAGAUGGAGACUGGAAAAACUUGCAUUCUUAUUGAUUGUUGAGUGUAUGUCCUGAAAAAGAGGGCAUCUCAUCACCUCAGCCCAAUAAGUGAACAAUUGCUUCAUUAUGGUAAUGCACUUACCAUUCAGGAAACUGUUUGUUUAAAUGAAAGGUAAAAAUGUCUUCCACCAAGUGAACAGCAAGAGGCAAUAUUUUCGCAAGUGAGUUAUAAUUCUAUCUUGCAUGUUAAACAAACGAAACUUAUUUUAUUUCCUUUUAAACAAAAAGGGCAAAGUGCCGAAACAUUGCUAAAAAUAAACUGUAAAAUUAUUGUUAAUAUUAUGUUGGUAUUGAUCUUUUUUACUAUUAAAUGAUUUUGAACCAAAUUUUUUCCUUUUUGUAGUUUCAAACCAGUGAAAGAUAGAGAUCCUAAUUGUGAAAUUAACUCUUUUAUCUUCAAUAUUUCACUGGAACACGUCUGGAAAUUGGGAUAUAUUAUUAAUGCACCUUCACAUGUUAAAGUUACACAUGAAAGACUAUUUAGCUUUAUAAUAACUGUUAACAAUGUUAGCAACCUGUUCAUAAAUUUGUUAUAUGUUUUUGUUGUGUUUUCAGAAUUGUUUUCAAAAUCUGUGAUGUCUCAGUUCUUAAAGAUAUAUAUUACAUUGUAUAUUUAUUAAUAUUAAUUUAUUUAAAACUUAAUCAGUUACUCAAUAAACUACUAAAAUAUAAUGAGUAUUGCUUUUUUUGUGUGUUAUAGCUUUGAUAUAGACCUUCUGUGUACUUGGUUCUAACCUGGGUCUACAGUUGUCCAAUUUUGUAACUAUCCUCUAUGGUAAAAUACUGGUUCUACAUCAAUUACCCAUCCUGUUGUCAACAAGAGCGCCGCCAAGCGGGGCAAUAUACGCCCGAAGGGUUACACCAGAGGAUGGGAGCAAAAUUUAAAGAACUUGACUGUUGAAGCCCAAAGGACAGGAACAACAAAAAGAAGAAAUUACAAAAAAAAUUCUAAGUCCACAAAAAAAUUCUUACCAGGUAAAGUUAUGUCAAAAUAAAUCUAAAAAUUGGAUGUACCAUCCAUGUUGUACCACAGAAAAGUGGUCUCGGUUUUUCCCUACGGCCAAAAAUAAAAAAAGUUUCAAAAUAAG